UGUGCGCCACAUGUAUGUAGUUGCUGGGUAUAAUAAAUACGUCAAACCGACCGAGUUGAACACCGAUAAAUGCACGAAGAAUAAAAGGAAGAAAGUUGUUUUCACAUGUGUGCCUAAAACCUACGACUUAGACUACGCACGUAUUGAGAAGUGGUCGUUCGUUGACAUAGCGAUUGUGAAGGUGGAAUCAGCGUUUAACCUGUACGACGAAUCUUACAAGACUGACUGCACCUAUAUACCCGCCACCAUACCUAUUAAUUAUGAGCCUAAGUACCAGGAACCUGGGACUGAUGCUCUCGUCAUGGGAUGGGGGCAUUUGAAUAAGUGGAGGGGGGAAAAGGACCGUGCAGACUACAACCAAGACACACUGCGGUAUGCCCCUGCCCGGCUUUACGACAAAAACAAAUGUAAAGAACAUUACUCUCAAGAAAUGGAAAAAAUCAUAGACAAGUACAUGAUCUGUACAUAUGCAGGUGGUAAUUUGAACGACAAAGGCGAAAUUAUCAAGAAAUCGGAUCCAGUGGCUGAUGGUUGUGUUUAUAAGAAGGUUUUGCUUGAUGGCAUGGAGUACCUGCAAUGUGUGAAUGGUCAGGACGAAGUAAUCAAUAGUAGUGAUGAAACUAGAAGACUACUAACAGAAACUAGGUUGAUGAAUGCAACACUUCUUGGCAACCAGACGUUUGGUACUCGAAGACAUGGGAUUUGUCAGAAUGACCACGGAGGUCCCUUGGUGACCUGGGUGGGGUCUCGAGAAGUACUAAUUGGUAUUGCCUCGGUGUUUAGGGUGUCAGAGAACUUGGAGUGUGAGGGUCCCUAUCUCUUUACCAGUACACAGUGUAAUGGAGUGUUUCUGGAUUGUGUCAUCAGUGAGGCCUCAAAAGGUGGUCGAAGGCAAUGCAGUCUUUCUCCGCAAGAGAGAGGAUUCGAUAUCGUGGAAAGAAAAAUAUCCUGGAUUAGUCACCCAGAUGGACCAGCGGAGAAUGAAAGAAUAGAGAGAAUAAGGCUGCGACCCCAAAUCCCCAUCGAUAGGUUAGGUUAA